CUUCCUGUGCAAUUGGUCGAUGCUCGCGGCUGGAACGAGUGCACGGCAACACACAGAGCUGUCGCCGACGGCAACAUCUCCAUCCUCCGGGUGUUGCUGUGCAACAAUGCCAAUGUGAACCUUGCGGACCUGAUGCGACGGACACCUCUUCAUUUCUCGUCGGGAAGAAAGGAAUUUAUAGAAUGCUCUAUCGCUCUUCUCGAAGCUGGAGCUCAAGUGACGUCUUGCGACAUUCUUGGUCUGAGGCCCUGCGACCUGGACCCGGAGCUGAAGGAAACCCAAAGCCGAUUGGUCAUAUCUGCCUGUGAACUCUUCUCCUCAACGGCUCCAAGUGGCCACACCCCCUGCAAAGGCCACGCCCCCUCUGCCACACCCACCACAGUAUCUCCGAUGAGCACAAGACCUUCUUCCUUCACUUCUGACCUUACCAGGUCAAUGGACAACGCUGCCAUCAGGUCUCAUUACGAGUCGCAUGACUUUGCAAGGCCACACCCACCGAUUGAGCUACGUUCUCCGAGCCCCACCCUGGUUGCCGAGGCCAAUGCGAGGGUGUCGCACUGGAUGCGGACAGUGAGGCGAAGCAGGAACUGGUUCAAGGAGAAGAUGUCCAGGAGUGUUGAUAACCUCACUGACCUGACGGAGGAGGACGAGGAGGAGGCUGCCAGGAGAAGUCGGCUGGAGAUGCUGAAGUUUCCGUCAGAUUUCAACGUCAACUCCUCGUACUAUGAGACCACCGGUGAUGUCAGCAAGAACAUGAAUGACAUCACAGAACCCCAGCAGCCACCGCCAUCAUCGAGGGAAACCCCCGAGGAAUGCAUCGCCGGGGGCAACAGGGUGAUACUGAGGCGGCAGAAGUCGCUCAGCGAACCAAACUUGGCAGUGGAAGCGGGAGACGAUGCCAUGGAUACACCUCCACUGAACCUUCCUCAGUCGCCUAUGCUGGGGUCGAAGGUCAUGGAGAUAAGGCCAGACAGUGUUGCAAGUCAGAGUUCAGCAGGGACUGUGGUAAAGGCAGGUGAGGGAGAGAUGAUGAAGAAGAUGAGCGAAGCUUUCGACAUGUUGGAAGAAGACUUGUGGAGAGUGGAGGGGGGAGGGGGGAGGGGGAGAAGGAGAGAACUUGUCAGAAUGUCUCUCCCUGUUACCUUUGCCGAGAGAUACGAGGCCCCAUCCAGUCCUCUGCCUGACCUGAAGACGGUGUCUGAGACUGAAGCCAUUUUCGAUGAGAUCCUGUCCACAAUCCAUUCCGCUUCCAGGCAGCUGAACAGCCGAGUAGAAAGUCCAGAUUACGACCGAUUAUCUCCACUGAUGCUGGCCCCCAAGUCCCCCGCAUUCUCAAGGGAAUAUUCGGCCCCCGUGGGUGCCCCCUGUCUGGAGGAGAGACUCCAACUCGGGGGAUCACUUCGGAGUAAGUUACCCCGGAGGAGGCAUGAUGUCAUCGAUGGUCCCGGGGGUGUGAUCAGAAGGUUGUCACGGCGACGCAAUCCCCCAUUCGUCGACGAGUUAUUCAGAGAAAGCAGUCGUCCCCCUUCAAUUGGGGGGUCCGAUAAAUUUCCCCAGAGGGCGGCCCCCCACCAAAGAAAAGUUUCAAGCACAGAUGGAAAGUCUUCCCCCGUUCCAAACAUCCGCAUGUUGUCUGGUUCCGAUUCCAUUCCAACCAGCGCAAACCUGGGCCAGCUGAACUUUGACCUGUUACACCAGCUCUCGAUUCGACCCAACACCCCGCAGCUCUCGGUUGCCGGUAGCGACGACAUUGCUAUGGAAAUAACAGCGGGUGACCUUGAGCCAGCGACGAAGGCUCUGAAGCUGAUGGUGUGUGUCUCGAGGAACAGGGAGUGUCUGGAGACGCUUGUCUCGUACCUCUGUCUGCCCAAAUUCAUGGACAAGGUUGCCAUGUUGGCCAAGUCUCCAGUCACGUCUCCCGUAGCGCUCAACUACAUAGCAACACUCCUCACCAACAUAUUUGAGUCCGGCGGGCCAGAGGGGAAGAAGACUGCUCUUGGAUCUGGAUUCCUGGACCUCGUUAUCAAAUUACUCCAUACCAGAGACCCCAUUCCGGCAACCUGUCUCUCUCUCCUCAACAGUCUCCUGAUCUGUGAAGAUGACAGUGACCACCUUCAGAAGAUCAUCCGCGUGCCCUCCGAACCCCUCCUCAUGUACCUUGAACCCUAUGAGAUGUCCGGUUAUGAUUCCGACAGUGGAAUAGGAUCCAGACACUUGUCUCGGACCACUCCGUCUGGUUCUGAUAAUCAGGUGAAUGUGAGUGGUGAGUCACGACCAAACAGCGGAGUUGGUGCUGGGGGCAACCAUCUAGAUAUUCCACUGCCUCCCGGGGGGCCCCCGUCGCCAUCGGCAACAAAACCCCCCAACCCCCCUAAUUUCCUUGCCAACGAUGUUGCAGACACCAGGAGUAUUGUGAGCCCCACUCUAAAAGGCCCAUCCAUUUCUGUUCUGGAAGCAAGAGCCAUAGUCCUGAAGAUGUUGUCCGUUUCCAGCGCCCACAGAAAAAUGCAGCGAGGACUCGCUAAAUCGCAUGCCGUCACCCUCCUCUGCAGUUGCCUGGGUGACGGUAACAAAGACAACGCAACUCACGCUGCAAUAACACUCGCCAAUGUGGCGCAGAAUGUGGACAGCCAUGAAAUGCUAAAGGAAGCAGGGAUGGUUGCUAAGCUACGAGAUCUCCUAGGCAGCAGCGCUCGACAACGCUACCAUGCGGCGAGAGGACUGGUGUAUCUGGGAGAACUGGACCUGAGGUCGACAAACCUGUUUAGCGAGUAUGACUGUUGUCAGGAGGUGGAUUCGGUGGUACUCAGUACGGACGAGAGUGACGGACACUCUUACGCCAGGUUUGAGGGAGUUGGAGAGGGAAUUGGAAAAGAGAAAGGUUGACACUCCAGCUAUAGGGCCAAAAGAAUUAAGGAGUAUUGGUGCCUUUCAUUUCCCAUAAGUACAAAGUUUAGGCCUAUACCUGCUUAUUUCACUGCAAACUCCAGCUAUAGUCAAGGUAAUCAGGAUGGUUGGUUGGCCUGUCUUUCCCUCCACUUGCUUGCUAAAAGUACGAAAAGUUUAGGCCACCCUAUUUUCAAUCUCCAUUAUCUAUUUUUCCCUAAAGAGGGGCGACAAUAGAGAAGUGUGUGGAGUUCCUGACGGAGUCAAUGUCUCAUCUCUGGGGCGGUUUCUCACUCAAAAGUGGCCCCCGUUCCCACGGCAACGACCUCGGUCACCGGGCAACCAAACACCAGAUCACGACAUUUUUCCUCACAUGCUACCAAACUUUUGUGCACCCUCUCAUCCUAGUCCGUCUUCUUCGCCACCGACUCGCCACACCCUGUUCUCAAAACCCGUUUGACUGGUCUGUUGCCACGGAGAAGCAUUCGGUCCCGUCGUUUGCCCACGUGGACUGCAUGCCAGCUCAUCAAGUGGCGACGCUAAAGGUCAUAGGUCGCUGGCUGGAGGAUUACCCUGACGACUUCCUAAACCACGCCCAGCUCUCUAACGAGGUAACUGAAAUAAUUGUCAGACUGAAGCUGGCUCGAGGUCCCUACACCACACACUAUCACAGGUUACGGUCGCUGCAGCAGGACGUGAAUAGACCGAAGACCAGCACUCUGAGGUCGCGAAGGUUGCUAGAGCGACUCCCUGCCCACCAUAAUAACCUCUACUCCCUGGUAACAAUGAACAUAACCUCUCUAUAAAGGACACUUUGUUCUGCCCAAUACUAGUAUAUCGACACGUCUCCAAUUGGUCCACUAUUCAGUGUUAAACCAAUUCCACCCCUGCCCUCUCUUUUCUCUUUAGUUGAAGAAAGUGGUAGUGACAGGUCUUCUGCCAGUGGCACUGGAAGAAGCUAUUUAUCUCACCGCCUUACAGCUUCACAUUGAGAGUGUCUCCGAGACUGUCUUGACCACCGGACGACACCGUCUCCGUAGUAACACGGGGAGCCUCCACCGGAUGCCGUCGAGAGCGAAGAAGAGUUUCACGGGUCGCAUCAAGUCCUCUCUCCCCGUGGGCUACUCCAAGACCAAACCACUCAUGAAGAGAGUGAAGGUUCUUCUGCAGGAAAUGGACGGCCUGUCAGAGAGGAAUGCCAAACAUCUUUUCAUCGAGCAUUGCCAGGCGUUGCCCGGCUACGAGUGCACUCUGUACCCUGUGAAGGUACCGCAGGGUGCAAGGUUCAAGAAAGAGGUCAAACAAAUCCUCGGACUAUCCUCCAAGAAAAUCGUCUUCCUUGAUGACAAGACGAAAGAGCUGGUGUCUAGCUAUCCUCUGGAACAGGUUAUGAGCCUGUCAAUCGAGGAAGAUCCCUGUUCGUUAGUUCUGGGGCUGCGGGACGGCGGCACGGUCCGGUUCCACGUGGAGACGCUGAGAACAGCACUGGAUAUCAGGAGCGUGUGGAAUGGAGGAGAGAACGGUGGAGAGACCCAUCCUGUGGAGGAGAUAGUCCGAUGGAGUGAGGUACCCCAAGCUGGCUCAGCCCCUUCUUCCCUCCCUCCCCCCUCCCCCUCCCACUCCUCCACCUCCUCUCUCUCCUCCAAUGACUCCAGUCGUGAAGCCACACCCGCUCCCGCCUCUGAGACACCCGGCAACCACUUGCCACACCCGACGACAACAGACGAUGAACCGCAAGAGACUACUAACGGACCAAAGCACAGUGGUCCACCCCCACCCCCUCAGGCAGUGGUCACAUCGGCACUGGUAAACGGUCACAUGAGGUACGAAUCAAUUGACGAACAGAUGGUUGAGGAAGAUGUCCCUGUUCCAUUCUGCGAUUGUCCUCCCGAUCCAGAGAUCCCACGUCACAUUGUUCUGCACCAACUGAGUGUGAGUGAUGUUCUGAAAUGUCCUCUGGAAUGUGCCCGGCAAAUGACGCUCAUUGCUCAUGAGCAUUUCUGUAGAGUAAGUUCAGUGGAACUGCUGCUAAAAGUCCACCUCAUUCCAAAAUCAAAACCUCCUCCUUCCUUGUCGUCCUCGUCUGAGACGAAGACCAAAGCAGCUGUCACUAACACUGGGCCUCCACAGGUUGAAAUAGACACUCGUCCCCAGACUGCUGUCGAGAGACUCGCUUACCGGUUCAACCAGGUGGGUAACUGGGUGGCAGCUACUAUAUUAUCAUUCGAGGAUCUAGAUCAGCGAGUUGAUGCCCUCCAGAAGUUUAUUCUUAUUGCCAAGCACUGUCUGGACCUAAGAAACUACAGUACGAUGAUGUCCAUUGUGAUGGCAGGUCUCGGCUCCGCACCAAUCAGACGGCUGCAGCGUACUUGGGAUGGUGUUUCCAAGAUCCACAUGGAGAUGUUCAAACAAAUGGACACCAUACUUGAGUCCAAGUCAAACUACAAAAACUACAGAGACAAGCUGAGCAUCACUCCCAUACCUGCCGUUCCGUACAUCGGCGUUUUUCUCAAAGAUAUCACCUUCAUCGCCGACGGCAACCCCGAUUACAUCAGAGGUGGACUCGUUAACCUCCACAAGCGACGCCAGGUAUACCAGAAAUUGGAGGAGAUAAGUCAUUUUCAACAGGAGAAGUACAAUUACCACUUGGUGCGUGAGCUGCAGGCGUACCUGGUCGGAUUUCAUCCCAUCUCGGACGAGGAACUCCAUUCCAAAUCCCACAUUCUGGAACCUAGAAUCAGAAGGUCCCACUCCCACAGUUCUGGAAGAGCCAAAUCAACAGGCGGCACCUCAUCUCAUGCUAACUUCCUGAAGGUCCUCACUCGCAGCACUUCUAACAGUUCAACUAACUUACUCAGAACAUCCUAGAACAUUACAUCAUCAUUACAUCAUCAUCAAUAUUGCAUCAUCACCAGAAACAUGUCGGCACUGCACUUUUAUCAGUUCAUGAAUCAGUCAUUUGUUUUAUAACACCAAUAAUUUUAUUUUCUUCAGCAAAAUUAUAAAAAUAACUAUAUCUCGUGAGUUGAAUGUUGCCAUGUAUUUGGUGGUCUGUAUAAUCAUGCAUCCACUCCAUAGCAACAGUAAUCAUGGUAACGGUGGAUGUGGGUGUGGUUUUCUGGCUUGAGAAGUGGGCGUGGUUUCAUCUGUAAGUUGUGAUGUGUUGCAAUGUGUUUUGUAGCUGGACAUGUUCGUUUAUUUGGUCUUCGUCUGUUAGAACACCUGCAGACACAGACAGACAGUGGAGAAUCAGGAGAGUGGAAAAUCAGGACACCAAUGGGACAGAAGAAAGUGUCUAUAUUAGUGAGGUGUCCAUGCAAGAACUGUUAUUGGGAAAAGAAAAGGUGUCCUUAUUAGAGAGGUGUCCUCAUUUCAGGAGUGUCCUUAGAGAGUUGCCCGACUAUCGGCUAACUUGCAUAAUGGUCUCUUAGAGACUGAGAUAGGAUGGUAUCUUCGCUGGAAAAAGCAGUCAUUUCUGUUUCUCUCCAUAUUCUGAGGGACAGCAGGUUGAGUUAUUACUUCUACGGAAUUAGCCGUUUCCUAGGGGGCGUGGUUUGAGGCCAGGAAGUGAGGUAAGUGAUUUGUUCGACUAAUGCUCCGGCAUCUGGUCUCGGAGUCACUUGUGUGACAUCUUCACCUCCCCCUCCUCCCCCUAUCACACCACAGUCACUCAUCACACCCUCCCCAACAUCCCCUUCACCUGA